CAAGCCUAUUCUUCUCUUCUGCUUCUUCUUCCUUUGUCACCACCACCAUAUCUCUCGCUCUCUUCUAAAAGCUGUCCCAAAAAAAGAAGAAGCUAAAUUUAGCAUUUCCUUUUGGUAAAUCCCAAUUCAGUCCCUCAAUUUCACUUUCCUUUUCAAAGACAACUUUAAACCACUUCCUUUAUUUUUUGUCACUUGGGAAAAGAACUCAGAAGAACCCAUUUUCAAGCUCUAAUGUUUUCCAUUCGUUGCAGGGUAAAAAUGGGAUUUUUUUCCAUAAAAUAGACAAAAAAAGUACUACCCAUUUGGUUAUUUUUGUCUGAGCAGAUAAGGCUACUUUGCUUUAAAAAGCAGCAUCAGUUUCUUCAUUAGAUCCUCUCCCCCAAAGUAAAAUCUCCUUUUAGCUCAUUACUGUGUUUUAUGGGCUAAAGAUUUAAUUUUCCUUCUGUGUUUUUAUUGUUUUAAUAUUAAUUUUCUUUUGAAGUUAUGGUUCUGGCUUGGUGGGUUCUUUUAGUUGGUGUGAAGAAUUUGUUGAAUCUUUAGAAACGUGCAGUUUUUGAGUUUAUGUUAUAGGAAAGUGAGGAUUUUUGGGUCUUUUAGGGGGUAAUGGAAUCGAUUUUCAAUUCGAUUUAAGUAGUAAAAGAAGCUCUUUUCACCCUUUGAAUCGGUUGAAGAUUUGAUUUUUCAAUUUGGGUUUUGAUUUUUAUGUGUUGACUAUGGUUCUUGUUGAAUCUUGAUAGAGAAGGAGAGUUUGGGGGAGUUUGUAUUGAAGAGUAAGGAGUUUUUGAGGUGGUAGGAGUAAUGGUGUCUACAAAUGAUCCCAUUGAAUCGAUUUCGAAUUCGAUUCAAUUUAUAAAGGAAGCCUUUUUACCUCUUGAAUUCGGUAUUAAGAAAGCUGCAAAAGAUCUCGAAAGUUGUUGGGGAGUCUCAAAUGAUAAAGGAAAUAAUGUUGAAUUGAUUGCCCAAUUGAAUGGUAGUGAUAGGAAUGGUAAGGUUCAAAUGUUUGGGGUGAAGAGGAGGAGUAGUGGUAGUUUUGGUGGUAGUGGUGUUAAUAAUGGGCAGUGUUGUGUUGGUGGUGAAGAGAGAAAGAAAGGGUUGUCUAUUAAGGUUCCUAUCAAGGCUUUUAUGGGAAUGUUUUUGCCGGCAAAUGAGCAGAACAAUGAGAAGGUUAAGAUGGUUAGGAAAGGAUUGAAAGAUAAGGAUGUGGAUAGAGAUGAAGGGUCUUGUAUGAAUUGCUUGCAGUUUGCAAUGACUUGGUCAGUGUUGGUUAAUAGUUUUGUCCAGGCUAUUCCAAGCUUGUUUAAGUCAGGGAGGAAACAAAUUCAGAAAAUGGGUGACAAAGAUGAAGUGUGUCUAAAUUCGUAUUCUCAUGACAUGAAAUUAAAGUCUUCCUUUGAGUUUGAGCGUAAAGAGUCAAGGGCUCAGUUUGUUGCAGAGAAUGAGGGUUUGGAACAUAAUGAUGGGAAACGUGUAUCAUUUGAAUGCCUUAUCGGGUUUAUAUUUGAUCAGUUGACUCAAAAUCUUCAGAAGUUUGAUCAACUUCUACAGGAAAGUAAUCAGAAGCAUUGUGAUUGUCCAUCGGCUCCAUCUCCUCCCGCUCACUUUGAUCAUUUAAAAGCAGUGACAAGUCUUUGGGAAGGACGAAAGGCUGAUGUAAAUGGGUUUCUGGGAAAUUUGAAGUUUGCUAGAGUGGGAGGUGUUCCAUCGGGUAUAGUUGGAGUUGCUUCUUCAGUGAAUGAAGAGGGUGAUGAUGGUGUUACUACUGGCAGUAGGGAAGAGGCAGGUGGUAAUUCCCCACAGAAACUUGCAAGUGGGAUACUUAGCAUUCCUUUAUCAAAUGUGGAGCGUUUGAGAUCCACCUUAUCCACUGUCUCAUUGACGGAAUUGAUUGAGCUUUUACCACCUUUGGGCCGCUCUUCACAAGACCAUCCUGACAAGAAGAAAUUAUUCUCUGUCCAGGAUUUCUUUAGAUACACGGAGUCUGAAGGGAGGAGGUUCUUUGAAGAACUGGAUAGAGAUGGUGAUGGCCAAGUAACUUUAGAAGAUCUUGAAGUUGCUAUGAGAAAAAGAAAAUUACCACGGAGGUAUGCUAGGGAGUUCAUGCGCCGCACUAGAAGUAAUCUGUUUUCAAAAUCUUUUGGUUGGAAGCAGUUUUUGUCCUUGAUGGAACAGAAGGAGCCAACCAUUCUUCGAGCGUAUACUUCUCUUUGUUUAAGCAAGUCUGGGACCCUUCAAAAAAGUGAAAUAUUGGCAUCACUUAAAAAUGCUGGACUUCCAGCAAAUGAAGACAAUGCUGUCGCUAUGAUGCGAUUUUUGAAUGCAGACACUGAAGAAUCUAUUUCAUAUGGACACUUCCGCAAUUUUAUGCUUCUGUUGCCUUCUGACCGACUACUUCAAGAUGAUCCUCGGAAUAUCUGGUUUGAAGCUGCAACUGUCGUUGCUGUUGCACCACCUGUGGAAAUACCUGCUGGAAGUGUUCUUAAAUCUGCGUUGGCGGGGGGUCUUUCAUGUGCACUCUCCACAUCUUUAAUGCACCCAGUUGAUACUAUAAAGACUCGGGUGCAAGCAUCAACCCUGACCUUCCCGGAAAUUAUUUCAAAGCUUCCACAAAUUGGAGUGCGGGGGUUAUAUAGGGGUUCAGUCCCUGCAAUUCUUGGACAAUUUUCAAGCCAUGGCCUGCGAACGGGAAUAUUUGAAGCAAGUAAGCUUGUAUUGAUCAACGUUGCUCCAAAUCUUCCAGACAUCCAGGUUCAAUCAAUGGCAUCAUUCUGCAGCACAUUAUUGGGAACAGCAGUGCGGAUUCCUUGUGAGGUACUAAAGCAGCGUUUGCAGGCUGGCCUAUUUGACAAUGUUGGACAAGCUCUUGUUGGCACUUGGCAACAGGAUGGUCUGAAGGGUUUUUUCCGUGGGACUGGGGCCACUCUUUGUCGUGAGGUGCCAUUCUAUGUUGCUGGGAUGGGCCUUUAUGCUGAAUCCAAAAAGCUUGCCCAGCAACUUCUGAGACGGGAACUGGAACCUUGGGAAACAAUUGCAGUUGGAGCUUUAUCUGGAGGGUUAGCUGCUGUUGUCACUACACCUUUUGAUGUUAUGAAAACUAGAAUGAUGACUGCACCAGGUGGCCGACCAAUAUCAAUGUCGUUGGUCGCCUUUUCUAUUUUGCGUCAUGAGGGACCCCUUGGCCUGUUUAAAGGAGCAGUACCCAGGUUUUUCUGGAUUGCUCCCUUGGGCGCCAUGAACUUUGCCGGCUACGAGUUGGCAAGGAAGGCCAUGGACAAAAACGAAGAUGCGGCUACAGAUCAACUCUCCCAAAAGAAAUUGGCUAAUUCUGGGUAGAUACAAGUCCUUCCAAAGUAAGAACACAAUCCACAAUGGCCUCUGGGUUUUUGUUAGUGGUCAAAGCAACUGAAUGCUGCUGGAAAUUUUUGUGCUUUUUCCCGAAAACUAACAGCAGCUAGUGCUUCGAAUUUCAUUUGUCAACAACACUGUUUUUGGCUAAAACUUUGUAAUUUUUCUGGCAGUUCACACAUUUUGUAGCCUUGAAUUCCUUUGAAAGCUAUAUUUGGUCUGCCCUGGGAGUGGCGGGUCAGAUAUGUUGAUCAGCUCUUGGGUUAAAUUUUGUAUCUUGAAUCCAUUCUUCAUAUUUUGUGUACAUUCUUUGUGCAGUAAAUCUUCUUCCUCUCAAUUGAUUUAA